CCAGGGUCCCCGGCGAUGGCUGGCCGCUGAGCAUGGCUCAGUACGGCGCCCCUGGCCCGCUCGGCAUGGCCGCGCGGGAGGAGCUGUACAGCAAAGUCACCCCGCGGAGGGCCCGCCAGCAGCGCCCCGGCACCGUCAAGCAUGGAUCUGCGCUGGACGUGCUCCUGUCCAUGGGCUUCCCCAGAGCCCGCGCACAAAAAGCCUUGGCAUCCACAGGAGGAAGAAGUGUUCAGGCAGCAUGUGACUGGCUGUUCUCCCACGUGGGUGACCCCUUCCUGGAUGACCCCCUGCCCCGGGAGUAUGUGCUCUACCUCCGCCCGACGGGCCCCUUGGCACAGAAGCUCUCCGACUUCUGGCAACAGUCAAAGCAGAUCUGCGGGAAGAACAAGGCGCACAACAUCUUCCCCCACAUCACCCUCUGCCAGUUCUUCAUGUGCGAGGACAGCAAGGUGGACGCGCUGGCGGAGGCGCUGCAGACCACGGUCGGCCGCUGGCGGUGCAAGUUCUCCUCCCCGCUGCCCCUGGAGCUCUACACCUCGUCCAACUUCAUCGGCCUCUUCGUGAAGGAGGAGAGCGCCGAGGGUCUCAAGAAGUUUGCCGCUGACUUUGCUGCGGAGGCUGCGUCCAAAACCGAAGUCCACGUGGAACCUCAUAAGAAGCAGCUGCAUGUGACCCUGGCUUACCACUUCCAGGCCAGCCACCUGCCUACCCUAGAGAAACUUGCCCAGAACAUCGAUGUCAAACUAGGGUGCGACUGGGUGGCCACCAUAUUCUCUCGGGAUAUCCGGUUUGCGAACCAUGAGACGUUGCAGGUGAUCUACCCCUACACCCCACAGAAUGAUGAUGAGCUGGAGCUGGUCCCUGGGGACUUCAUCUUCAUGUCCCCCAUGGAGCAGACGAGCACCAGUGAGGGCUGGGUCUACGGCACGUCCUUAACCACCGGCUGCUCUGGACUCCUGCCUGAGAAUUACAUCACCAAGGCUGAUGAAUGUAGCACCUGGGUAUUUCAUAGUUCUUACUCGAUCUUAAGUACAGCACCUUCCCCCGCUCUCUCGUUCGGUGAAGGCAUGUUGGAGCGGCAGUUGUAUGAGGACCAGGGCCCCGGGGAGAUGGCGCCCCUGACUGUCAUCUGCCAGCCUGCGCAGCCUCUGAGGGUCAACAGCCAGCCUGGCCCCCAAAAGAGAUGCCUGUUUGUGUGUCGGCAUGGUGAGAGGAUGGAUGUGGUGUUUGGGAAGUACUGGCUGUCCCAGUGCUUUGAUGCCAAAGGCCGCUACAUACGCACCAACCUGAACAUGCCUCAUAGCUUACCUCAGCGGAGUGGUGGUUUCCGGGACUACGAGAAAGAUGCUCCGAUCACUGUGUUUGGAUGUAUGCAAGCACGACUAGUGGGUGAAGCUUUAUUGGAAAGUAACACCAUUAUUGACCACAUCUAUUGUUCCCCAUCCCUGCGCUGUGUUCAGACGGCAUACAACAUCUUGAAAGGUUUACAACAGGAAAAUCACUUGAAGAUCCGUGUAGAGCCUGGCUUGUUUGAGUGGACAAAGUGGGUUGCUGGGAACACAUUACCUGCGUGGAUACCUCCAUCAGAGUUAGCUGCAGCCAACCUGAGUGUUGAUACAACCUACAGACCUCACAUUCCAGUCAGCAAAUUAGUGGUUUCAGAAUCCUAUGACACUUAUAUCAAUAGAAGUUUUCAAGUAACAAAAGAAAUAAUAAGUGAAUGUAAAAGUAAAGGAAAUAACAUCUUGAUUGUGGCCCAUGCAUCUUCCCUUGAAGCAUGUACCUGCCAGCUUCAGGGCCUGUCACCUCAGAACUCCAGGGACUUUGUACAGAUGGUCCGAAAGAUUCCAUACUUGGGCUUUUGUUCCUGUGAAGAAUUGGGAGAAACUGGAAUAUGGCAGCUGACAGACCCACCCAUCCUUCCUCUCACCCAUGGGCCAACUGGGGGCUUCAACUGGAGGGAGACCUUGCUACAAGAUUGAAGCACACCAGUGAACAAGGAAAGGGGCUUGAUAAAGCCUUUGGAGAAGUGUCUUUUUGUGUGUUUAGAACAGUGAAGAAGUCUGCACCCCGUUAUAAGUGGACAGCUAAGAAUAAUUUGCAUACUUCCUUUGAUGCUUUAAAACUCUUGUGAUGAGACUGUGUGCAUAAGAAACAAACUUGAUUCAGGGAUAAAAUUUAUUCUCUCUCUCUGGACUCUUACCUAGCUAACAAGGCUUUCGAGGAUUAUCGUCCUAAGUUAACACACCCACAGUGGCAGAGGCUGUAUCCUUCCUCCCGCCUGCGCGACCAAGGCCCCAGAGUCUGCCCGUGGGGGCGCCCGCUGUCCCAAGGAAGGAUGCAGGAAGGAGGAGGGCGUCCAGGUUCCAGCUGCAGCAACACCAAGCUGCCAACUUGGGGAUGGAUUUUCUUUUUAACUCCACGUUCUGGUCAGACAAAGCCACGCUGAAGGAUUCUUUCCAGGCUCUCAGAAAACAUGCCCUGCAGAGCAUUGUCCUGGGUUACACACCCAGUUCUGCUCGCGGCGUGACGGCCGUGCCGCUGGCUCCUGACACCUGGCCUGCGACCCGGACGUUCUCUCUGGUGCUGCCAGGUCUCUCCAGAGCAGCUGCCUCUGUCUGUGAAAUGGGGAGGCAAGUCCUGCUUGCUCUCCAAAGCACUUUCGGCUACUCAGGAGGAAAAUAAGAUAAAUGUGUGAAGUAUUCAAUUGUAGGAGCAAAGAACUUGCAAAACAUAAAGUGACUCUAAAGUAUCCAUGUUGCGACUGAAAGAGCCACCGCACUUCUCAAUCACCGUGGUGGCUUGUCCUUGGCCCUAGAGUCUGGACUAUGGCAAUGGGUUAAGGCAGUUGACCUUUUCAAAGGAUGUACGUGACAUCCAUUAUUUGAGUCAGCAAAAAGCUCGUUCUUGUGCAAUACGGACAUCUAGAAACCAUACCAAGGGUCAGGUCAUCGUCCACUUACAUACAGCACAUGUCAGUCAUAACAGGACACCCACAAACGCACCGGUCAUACCAGGGGUGUGUAACGAGGUCAGGGAGCGAACCGAAACGAUGAUAGUCACAGCGGCACUGCCGCGUGCGCUGUCCUCCUGUGUUUGUUUUUCUACAAUAAUUGUGAACACGUAGGCAGGGCCACGUAAGGGGAGUUGGGAGAAGUGCACCCUGUGGUUUCCCAUCAGACCUGCUUCCUGAACGUAGAGGGAGUUUAGUUAAAGAAAAUAAAUGACAAUCACGCCAAAACAUCAGUUAUCAAUGUCUGCUUAAUGCUGUGACGAGUUGAGCGCUGCCAGCAGCAGACAGGGGCCUGCUCUGGGACGCACAGCGGGUGUGUGCACCAUGGAACCCCAGCCACUUAAAGAGCAUUGGUGUAAAGCAAAUCGAGAUAUAUCGUAGCAUCGAAUAAGCUUCAAAACCCAGAUGCAUAAAAUGUGGUGUAUAAAAAAGAGGCCUGCGUGCCUACUGGAAAUGGGAAUGUGCCGAUCCCUGGAAGGAAGAGGAGCGAAAGGAGGCUGCUCAUGAGUGUUGAUCGGCAAGGAGAUCAUAGGGGUUUUCAAAGUCACUUAAAGGAACGUGCCAUGCAUUUUACAUUUUAAGGAACAAAUCUUGAUUUCACCUGGCAUUGCACAAACACCACCCGGCUCUGAGUACAGGAGUAACUCUGUGCUGACAUCAUUGAUUAAUAUAAAUGUUUUAACCUUAAAAUUGGUGAAACACUCUCAUUAAAGGGUUUCAGAGAAACAUCACAUUACGGUUCAUGUAAUGUUGCUGCCAUUCAUUCUUUUAUCUACAAGGAAGUGAAUCAGAUCUAUAAUGUUUCUUAGAUUCUGCGCAAAUUUUCAUGGGCUUUCAGUGCUCAGAAUCAUGCUUGAAUACCUCUGAUGCAAUUUCCUUGAAAAUAAUAGCAGUAUGUUCUGGUCUGUGUCUGUACUUACACAGAACAGAGUUCAGAAUGGGUUGCCCCGCUCCCUCCCUCUGCGUUGUCUGCGUCCCAUGGUGACCUGAUAGGUCAGUGUAGCUGGGCUACUGUCCGUGGUCCCUAGUCCAGUGCAGACAGAGCCUUGGGCGAUUGUCUACGUGAGCAAAAGGAGGUAGAGGUCGGAAGUGGUUUUCUGAACAAUUUAGGUGGAAAACCCUGAGUAAACCAAGAACUUAUUCCUGUGCUUGAAUUACCUAGAUUGUUGUUCAAAAUGGCCUGAAUAUCUGAGUUCACAUUAAAUUCUCUUUUCAUAUCUACCUAUUUAAACAACUAAACUUGAGCUCCAAAUGAGAAAUUCCUUGGGAAUCAUGUUGAAUAAUAAAAGAAACAUGAUUCCAUACUUGUCCAAAUAUUCUAGAUUGCUAUUACAAUCUUAAGUUCAGACUGGCUAUUUUUGAUCUGAGCCUGAUGCUUAUUAGGAAUAAAUGUUGAUGGGGUAGGGGAGAAGAAAGAAGGGAGGAAGGAAAUGCCAGCUAACAAAAACCCAAUGUUUUCUUGCAGAGAAGGUUUUUUUUUUAAUGUGGAAAGUUAUCUGAGACAAACGGAGGUGAAAUUGCCUCGGGGACCUCAGGUGGGACUGAGAGCCUGGAACACUUCACCGCAUGCGCCGGUGCGCCACGUCGGUCUUCUCACCCCGGCACUAGCCAGAGCUAGGACUUCGGCUCCCGUGAGGCUAAAAUGCCCCAUCUGCUCCUCACUGGACGAGAAUGAUCGGCACACUUUCAUGCACAAACUAGAGUUGUAGGUUUCCAGGCCCGGCCGCCCCCGCUGCAGGGGUAGCUAGGAGCUCAGCGUGUCGCCCCGGCCUGGACUGCAGAGCACAGUGUUUUCCGUGACAUUUGGAUUCAUAGAGUCCGAGUGGCUGAUUAAAUGGCCAUCUGGUGGCUGAAAGAGGGAGGUAUUUUCCACCCUGUAGGAAGGGCUUCCAGGAGUUUCUACUUUUUAUUUGAAUUAUACUUU